AUGACAACUGGAAGUGGAGUGAAUUUAAGAACACUUCGAGCUGUACGUGUACUACGUCCUCUCAAACUAGUGUCAGGUGUACCAAGUCUUCAAGUAGUUUUAACAUCAAUCAUUAAAGCAAUGGCACCAUUAUUACAAAUUGGAAUCCUAGUAUUAUUUGCCAUAUUAAUAUUUGCAAUUGUUGGAUUGGAAUUUUAUUCUGGUGUCUUUCAUGUAACAUGCUUUGAACAAAACAAUCCAACGGAAUUGCCAAGUUUCAUACCAGAUGCACCUGGUUUAGUACCAUGUCAACCGGUAGACACGCACACUCGACCACCAGGAGCAUUUAUUUGUCCAAGUGGUUAUAUAUGUAAAGGUUAUUGGGAAGGACCAAAUUACGGUAUAACAAGUUUUGAUAAUAUUGGUUAUGCAAUGUUAACAGUAUUCCAGUGUAUUACAAUGGAAGGAUGGACAGAUGUAUUAUACAUGACCAAUCGAACAUAUGGUUCACGUUUCAACUGGAUUUAUUUUAUACCAUUAAUUGUAAUUGGAGCAUUUCUUUUGAUUAAUUUAGUACUUGGUGUUUUAAGUGGUGAGUUCGCUAAAGAGCGUGAACGUGUGGAAAAAAGACGUGCCUUUUUAAAAUUACGCAGGCAACAACAAUCUGAUCGUGAAUUAAACGGUUAUCUAGAUUGGAUACAACGAGCCGAGGAAGUUAUUUUAGCUGAAGAACAAAUUUCAUUUGCUCAGCGGUUGAAAAUUAUCAAAGCUAGAAGAAGAGCGGAAAAGAUACGAAGACGAUCAAACGAUGCUGAAAAACGUGCCAUAGCUGCUGAAUUAGAAAAUUGUGAAGCUGAACUAAAAGCUAAACGAAAAUUUAAAAUACCCGGUACUGAAGCUUUAUUUCAAUAUCAUAAACAGUUUCGAUUUGCAGUUCGUCGUCUGAUAAAAUCACAAAAAUUUUAUAUACUUGUGAUUACCCUCGUAUUGUUGAAUGCAUUAUGCGUUUCUGUAGAAUUUUACGGUCAACCAGGAUGGCUUACAGAUUUCUUAUAUUUCUCCGAAUUCAUUUUUCUUGGACUAUUUUUAUUUGAAAUGAUUAUAAAAAUUUAUGGAUUGGGCUGUUUGAUUUAUUUUCAUUCGACGUUCAAUAUUUUUGAUUUUGCAGUUGUUUUCGCUAGUCUAUUCGAAAUUGUAUGGCAGAUUUUCUAUCCAUCCGAUUCAUUUGGAUUCUCCGCUUUACGCAGUAUUCGUUUAUUGCGAAUAUUUAAAAUAACAAGAUACUGGGCAUCACUACGUAAUCUAGUAUUAUCGUUAUUAAACGCUAUGAGAAGUAUACUCAGUCUUCUAUUUCUACUUUUCUUAUUUAUGUUAAUAUUUGCUUUACUUGGAAUGCAAUUAUUUGGUGGAGAGUUUAAUUUUGAUGACGGGAAACCAGGCCAAAAUUUCGAUACAUUUGUAAAAGCAUUAUUAACUGUAUUUCAAAUUUUAACUGGAGAAGAUUGGAAUAUGAUUAUGUAUGAUGGAAUACGUUCUCAAGGUGGAGUUAACAACGGAGGAUUUGUAUAUUGUAUUUAUUUUGUAUUAUUAGUAUUGUUUGGCAAUUAUACUUUGUUAAAUGUAUUUUUAGCUAUUGCUGUAGAUAAUUUAGCUAAUGCACAAGAACUGACUGCAGCUGAAGAAGAAGAACAACGUUUGGCUGAUGAGUUAGCGGAACAACAAGAAAAUAAUGGAAAUUCAAAAACCAAUUUAAAUCAAUCACAAACUAUAGAAAUUAAUCAAAUCAAUGAAAGAAAAUAUUCUGGAUUAGAAGAAUACGGGAAAUCUGUUACAGCACAAAUGGGAAAUAAAUACUGUGAUAAUUAUAGUACAAUGCAGAAAUUUCAGACAGAUAUAGAACUAGGUCGGGAGCCUGAAACACAAGCUAAUCAAGAUUCUCAAACACAGCAUCAAUUAUAUGGGAAGCCGAUUCUUCCUUACAGUUCAAUGUUUAUAUUUUCUUCAACAAAUCCUGUUCGUCGAUUCUGUCAUUUUGUGGUGAAUCUACGUUAUUUUGAUCUAUUUAUUAUGAUUGUCAUUGUAUCCAGUAGUCUUGCAUUGGCUGCUGAAGAUCCAGUCAGUGAAAAUAGUAUACGAAAUUGUUUAUUGGAAUAUUUUGAUCAUGCUUUUACAUGUGUAUUUGCGAUUGAAAUGUUACUAAAGUUAAUUGAUCUUGGUGUAUUUCUGCAUCCAUAUUCUUACUGUCGUGAUACUUGGAAUUUAUUGGAUGCUGCUGUAGUAAUCGGUGCAUUAAUAUCGUUUUUUCGAGCUUAUACUUUGAAAGGUAAAGCUGGCCAUGGAAGUAGUAAAAAUUUGAGUACAAUAAAAUCAUUACGUGUACUUCGAGUGUUAAGACCAUUGAAAACUAUUCGAAGAGUACCGAAAUUAAAAGCAGUAUUCGAUUGUGUAGUCAGUUCAUUGAAAAAUGUUUGCAUAAUUCUAGUUGUAUAUAUUUUAUUUCAAUUUAUAUUCUCUAUUGUGGCAGUUCAAUUAUUUCAGGGAAAAUUUUUCUAUUGUAAUGAUUUAUCAAAACUUACAAAAGAAGAUUGUCAAGGUUACUUCUUUUCAUAUGACGAUAGUCUAGUUCCUGUUGUAAAAGCUCGAGUAUGGAGUUCACGUGACUUUCAUUAUGAUAAUGUGAUCACAGCUAUGCUAACAUUAUUCACAGUGACAACUGGUGAAGGAUGGCCUGGAAUUUUAAAAAAUUCAAUGGAUGCUACCGAAGUGAAUCAUGGUCCAGUUGAAGAUCAUAGUCAACAGAUGGCAAUAUUCUAUAUCAUAUUUUUCAUUGUAUUUCCAUUCUUUUUUGUCAAUAUUUUUGUAGCUUUAAUUAUUAUAACAUUUCAAGAACAAGGUGAAAAUGAAUUAGUCGAUCAUGAAUUAGAUAAAAAUCAAAAACAAUGUAUUGAAUUUGCAAUUAAUUCAAAACCUUUAUGCAGAUAUAUGCCUAGUAAUAUUGCAUCGACAAAAUAUCGAAUAUGGCGAUUAGUGGUUUCUAGUCCAUUUGAAUAUUAUAUCAUGACAAUGAUUGCAUUAAAUACUUUAAUUUUAAUGAUGAAAUAUUAUCGACCAGAUUACACAGAUGCAAACAUGGGCAUUCCUGAUUGGGAAACACAAAAAUAUCAAAGUUAUUGUAGUACAUUGGUUUAUUUGAAUACGGCAUUUACCGCAAUGUUUACGAUGGAAUGUUUAUUAAAAUUAGUUGCGUUUGGACCAAAAAGUUAUUUUCGUGAUUCAUGGAAUACAUUUGAUUUUAUUACAGUAGUUGGUAGUAUAACCGAUGUACUUGUUUCUGAGCUACAGGAUUCAUCAUUUCUCAAUUUAGGAUUUUUACGACUAUUUCGUGCUGCACGUCUAAUCAAAUUAAUUAGACAAGGUUAUACAAUCAGAAUACUGUUAUGGACAUUUAUUCAAUCAUUUAAAGCAUUACCUUAUGUUUGUUUACUUAUUACAAUGUUAUUCUUUAUUUAUGCUGUCGUAGGAAUGCAAAUAUUUGGUACAAUAGCUAUAAAUGAAGCUGAAGGUCAAAUUACAAGUUACAAUAAUUUUCAUAGUUUCCCAUACGCAGUUCUGUUACUAUUUCGUUGUGCUACUGGUGAAUCAUGGCAAGAAAUAAUGCUUGCUUGUACUUAUGGACAAGAAUGUGUGAAUCGAACAUCGAACAAUUGUGGUAGCAAUGCAUCCUAUGCUUAUUUUGUAUCGUUUAAUUUCUUUUGUUCAUUUCUUAUGCUCAAUUUAUUUGUUGCUGUAAUUAUGGAUAAUUUUGAUUAUUUAACAAGAGAUUCAUCAAUACUGGGUUCACAUCAUUUAGAUGAAUUUAUACGUGUAUGGGCUGAAUAUGAUCCAGGUGCAAAGGGAAGAAUACAUUAUACAGAAAUGUAUGAAAUGUUAAGAAAGUUGGAACCUCCAGUUGGAUUUGGCCAAAACUGUCCAUACAGAUUAGCCUAUAAAAAAUUAAUCCGAAUGAAUAUGCCAUUAGAUAGUGCAGGAACUGUACAUUUCACAACAACACUGUUUGCUUUAGUCCGAGAAUCACUAGGUAUUAAAAUGGCUCCAGCCGAAUUUAUGGAUAUUAAAGAUGCUGAAUUACGUGAAACUAUUAGAACACUAUGGCCUGUACAAGCAAAACGAUCUUUGGAUUUAUUAUUGCCGCCAGAUUCAGAAUAUACAUUCACCCGUCUUACUGUUGGGAAAAUCUAUGCCGGAUUAUUGAUUUAUGAAAAUUGGCAAAUGAAUAAAUCCAGCGAUAAUAAAAAGAAUCUGCAUCAGUUGAAUACUAAGCCUAUACUUGAAGCAUGCUUAACUCAAAUGUUAGGACAUGAGUAA